UAUGUAUAAGUGAUGAUAAUUAACUAUCAGAAAAUCAUUGUUGUAUUGAAAAAAGAUGAUGGUCAGAGGGUUCGGGGAUUUGGGAGUGAAGCUGGAUAGUCCAUCUCCAAGCAGAAUUGCACAUACGGAAGGCCAGCGUAUGAGCCAGGCAUCAAAUGAUUUUCUCACUUUCCUUAUCGUCAACAUUUCCUGCAAGGCUCUAAAAGAUCAAGGUGAUGCAAAGUCACUCAAGUUUCGUGGAAUGAUCCAUACAGAUGGUGUUGGGGUCUCGAUAUUGAAACAAAACAAGGAAACCAGCAAAGGAGGCACAAGAAAUACCAGUAAAAGUUUGCAAACAGACAAAAACGAGUUUCAAUAUAUCGAUAAGUUGAACAACAAAGAGCUUCAACGUACCACCAUCAAAUGCAUAUUUAUAGAUCCUGGUAGAAGGGAUGUGUUAUUUUGCAUGGGCGAGAAACGCGAAUCAAGACACGAUAGCUUCAUAUAUCGGUACACCAUCAAUCAAAGGGCUAAGGAGACAAAGUCAAGGAAAUUUAGGAAAUUUCGUCAUGAUUAUCCUGGAUCACUUCCUUUCAGGAAAAUAAAGCUUUCCUCUAAUAUCAAUAGGAAACAAUCAGACGCCCGUCUGGCAAAGACGUUAAAGCAAAAAUUCGGUGAUGACUGUGUACUUGUUCUUGGCAACUGGUUCGCCAGUAAUACAAAAUAUCACGAACCUAUCAGAGGUGUUGGUAUGAGGAGGAUGUUGAAGAAAGAAGGGUUACAAGUAUACUUGUUAGACGAAUACAAGACAUCGUUGUUCUUCCCCGAAUGUAAAAAUGGGAAGUUGAGAAAAUUAUCUCAUGUCAAGAACCCUCGACUGCAUAUGCGAGGCAAGUAUCCAGUAGUCGAGUACCACGGCCUGUUACGAUGUACAAAUCAAAAAUGUUUAGUGCCUUCUCGACUCUGGAACAGAGACUUGGCUACCGUUUUGAAUUUUAGAGAUAUUGUGUUAAGCCACAGGCAAGCCCUUGGUCGCUCCUCUAGAUUCAAAAGGGAAACAUCAAAACGUGCUUCAACAAGCACCACCACUUCCACUUCCAAAAAAGUCCGCUCUAUGCCUCCCGACGACGGUUCUCCUGAGGGAGGAAAUACUGAUAGAGUAAAAGUAUGA